AUGGAGGAAUACAUACGGCUCAACCACUGUAAGGAAACGCCUGAGUCAGAGGUGAGUAGCAGCCCAAACUUCUAUUUACCUCACCACGCCAUUCUGAAACCUACUUCUUCUUCUACCAAACUACGUACGGUUUUCGAUGCAUCGGCGAAAUCGUCGUCUGGCGUGUCGCUAAACGAUUUGCUUAUGAUCGGACCGGCUGUGCAAGAUUCGUUGCUGAACAUCGUGAUGCGGUUCCGGAUCCACCGAUACGUCUUCUCAAGCGACAUAUCCAAAAUGUAUCGCCAAAUCAGUAUUCAUGACGACGACAAGAAAUUCCAUAGGAUCAUUUGGCGAAAGCAUCCUACGGAUUCACUUCAAACAUAUGAUCUGACAACUGUGACAUAUGGUACAGCGUCAGCACCGUUUGCAGCCACACGCACUCUGAAUCAAUUAGCUGCUGACGAGGGAUCUAAAUUUCCACUGGCUGCUGCGAUUGUGGUCAAAGAUUUUUACGUGGAUGAUGUUUUGUCCGGAGGCGAUUCAGUGAACGAAAUUCAAACUGCUGCUGAGCAAUUGACACAGCUAUUAGACAGCGGCGGCUUCCAGCUACACAAGUGGUGCUCUAAUUCAGCUGUUUUUGGAAUCAAUUCCCGACGAGCUACGAGAGAAGCAAUCAACUUUGGAAAUAAGUGGAGCAAAUGA